UGAGUGUUUUAGUGAGUCUGUCAGUCUGUCUGUCAGUGUUUCUGUCUAUCUGUCAGUCAGUCAGUCUGUCUGUCAUCCACGUGUUGCGCUGCGCGUCUCGCGUCCUGUCGGUUCACCGCGAAGUUUCGAUGCUCCGCGAGAAACACCAGCAGCACGGACCGGCACACACACAUCAGAUCAGAGCAGAGUCGCGAGCGGACCAUGUUGGACACACAGUAACCGACACCAGAUUGUGCUGAAGUGUUUCUGAAGCAGGUCAGAGGGAAGAAACGCUUGAACUGCGGAAGCAGGUGAGGGGGUGCCAUGCCAGCUGCUGCUCCCCUGUUGCUGCUCCUCGCCAUCUUGUGGUGGCCUCUGGUAAUGCCUCUGGUCCCCAGUCAUCUUCAAAGCCCCCCUACAUUCAUCUCCCUCAAUGGCUCCCGCCUCAAUCACCUCCUGCUGGACAGCCACUCGGGCCAUGUCUACGUGGGUGCGGUAAAUGUGCUCUAUCACCUUUCCGCAGAGUUGCAGCUGCUCUCUUGGGGCAAAACGGGGCCUAAACUAGACAGCCCAGACUGCCUACCACCCAUUGACCCCACUGAUUGCACCCAGGCGGAAACCACAGACAACACUAACAAGCUUCUGUUACUGGAAGAGGUCAAAGGAGGGUAUCCACUCAGCCUGAUUGUGUGUGGGACGGUCCUGCAGGGCAUCUGCGAGAAGCGAAACUUGGAGAACGUCUCUCAGGUGCUGUAUAAGACUGACAACCCUGUGGACACGCAGUAUGUGGCGGCAAAUGACCCUCGAGUGUCCACUGUUGGGGUGGUGGUGGAGCAGAAAGGUGUUCUGCUUAUGCUCGUUGGACGGGGCUACACCAGCAAAGGACCUGGUGGGAUCCCACCAAUCACGAUGCGGCGCUUGGCCCCAGUUGCCCGUCAUUCUGCGCCAGCGUUCUCUCACGAAGAACUUGGAAAGCUGGUCGUAGGUAGCUACUCCGAAUACAACAACCACUUUGUGAAAGCACUCCACCACAACAACUACGUCUACUUUGUGUUCUCUCGGCGCGACGUGUGGGGCAAACGGGAGUAUCGGACGUACGUUUCGAGACUCUGUGCGGGCGACCCCAACUUUUACUCUUACGUGGAGGUGCCGCUUUCCUGCGGCGGAGGAUACAACCUGGCACAGGCGGCCGUGCUUGGGACACACCGUGAGCAACCCGCGCUGUUUGUGGCCAUGGCUAAGGGACAAGCGUCGACUCCCACGCCCACAGACAAGUCGGCUCUUUGCGUGUACAUGGUGGAGAAUCUGGAUAAAGCCCUGCACAGCGCCCAGCUACUUUGUUACACACAGGAAGGCAAAGACGGCAAUAACAAGGAGAAGGUGUACAUUGAGUACGAAGUGUCCUCCAAGUGUCUGAGGCUCCCGCCGGACUCUCUGAACGAGUACCCAUGCGGAGGCGAACACACGCCCAGUCCCAUCGCCAGUGCCAUUGCACUCGAGGCCACGCCCGCUUUCACCUGGACUCCUCCCAUCACUGCCGUCACCUCCGCAACUGAGGUCGGCCACACCAUAGUACUGCUAGGAGACAAAAGCGGGAAGCUCCAUAAGGUGUUCCUGCAUGCAAAUGGUACCGGUAGCAAAUAUAACACCGUGGAGGUGGAUUCAGACAGUCCCAUUAACGCUGACAUGCUUUUGGACUCCACCAAACAGAACGUCUACGUAUUGACUGAAAGAAAGGUUACAAAGCUCCAUGUAGCUCAGUGUGAGAAGCAUUUAGACUGCCACUCCUGUCUGGCUAAUCGAGAUCCCUACUGCGGCUGGUGUUCGCUGGAGGGCAGAUGUACGCGGAAGAUGGAUUGUGCACGGCAUGCCCAGCUGCACCACUGGAUCUGGAGUUACGGUCAUGAGCGCCAGUGUGUGUCUAUAGAGAGCCUACAACCCUCCAUCCAAAGCAGAGAAGAACAGACACGGGUCUCUUUCACAGUUCUACAGUUGCCAGUCUUGUCAAAGGAUGAGUCUCUAUCUUGCGCUUUUGGAAGUUUGGCUGCUCAGCCUGCGGUUGUCAUGGAGAACAGAAUCACAUGUCAAUCACCAGCACCAGAGCAGCUCCCCCCGAGUCCACCAGGCAACGAUCACGUAUCCGUUCGAAUGGCACUGAAGUUUGGAGACGUGACCAUCUCGCACACAAAUAUCACCUUUUAUGACUGUAAAGCAGUCGGACGGCUCAACGCUACUUCACCAUGCAUGGCGUGUGUUAGCAGUAUGUGGCCGUGUCACUGGUGUGUGAAGGAUGAGCGCUGCACUCAUGAUAAGAACUGCUCCCCUCAGCACAUCAUCUAUAACAGCAGAGAGCAGUCAACACCCCGCGGGCCUGACUCUUGCCCCUGCGUCUGGGCCCUGCAGAGCUCCCCUCUGGUUCCUGUUGGCUUUGACACCGAGCUCUCUCUACAGGGCAAAAACCUGGACAUUUUUGAGGAUGAGGAAGAUUACGUGUGCGUGCUGGUCAUCGAAGGCCAGGAGCUGAGUUUGCGGGCCACGUUGGACCUCAGCAAAGAGACGGGGACGCAUGUGUUCAAGUGCGCCGCUCAUCAGUUUGGCUUCUCAGGAAAGCAGUUUGUAUAUUCCGCUCCUGUAUACCUGCAGCGGGGGACGCAGCGUAUAGAUUCAGCACCACAUCUCCGCUUGCAGCUGUACGACUGCUCAGUGGGACAGUCCGACUGCAGCCAGUGCCGUGCGGUUGCGGCCAAUUAUGGAUGUGUGUGGUGUGCCGAUGAAACUCCCGGCUGUGUGUAUAACCAAUCCUGCUCCAGUGAAACCAUGGACACCUGUCCCCCUCCUCUAAUCACUGAGGUGGAGCCACUGACCGGUCCACUGGAGGGCGGCAUACUGCUGACAAUCCAGGGAUCAAAUUUAGGCCAGAACUUUCAGGACGUCCAGGCAGGAGUGACGGUGGCAGGGGUCAGCUGUAGACCUCUCCCUGAGGCCUAUCGCAUUUCCACCAGCAUUGUGUGUGAACUCCAGGCCAGUGCAAAUGUCACCGCCGGACCGGUCAUCAUCACCGUCCGAGGUUCAGAGAAAGGCGAGUCCAAGCAGACGUUCUCAUAUCAGAACCCACAGCUGAGCAUGAUUGUGCCCAAAAAAGGGCCCUUGGCUGGGGGCACGACAAUAACGGUGCACGGGUCGCAGCUCCUGACGGGACAAAGAACAGAACAAAAUAGUGACCAAAUCACCGGCCUGCAGGCGUUCCUGGGCUCAAAACCUUGUCGCAUCAAUGAAGUGAGUGACACGAGGCUGAUUUGUCGUACCAGUCACUCAAACCAAACUGGAAAAGUGCUACUCAAAGUUGUGUUUGGAAAAGCAGAGAGGAUUUUGGAUAGUGUCCUUUUCAGCUAUAUGGACGACCCAGUGAUUAUUGAUGCAACACCCACUGAGAGUUUCUACGGGGGUGGACGUUUUAUAUACGUGACCGGCCAAAACCUAAAUGUCGUUCAGCACCCGAAGAUGUCAGUCUCUUAUGAGCCUAGAGAGAGUUUUGAAGUCAGAAGACGUCGAUACGCCCAUGUUUCUGCAAGGAGUCUCUUGGUUAUGAGUCAGAAUAUGUGCACCAACGUUACCUCGGAGCAAAUGAUUUGCAAGAGCCCAGAGGUGCCACCGAAAUCCAGGAUUGUGCGAGUGUGGUUCGAGAUGGACAAUGUGCACAUCGACUUUCACACCAUUAAGAACAAGCCGUUCAUCUACCACCCAAACCCAGACUUAUUCCAGCUCAACAGUGAAUCCCAAGGAACAUCCAUCCGAUUCAAGCCUGGUGGAGUCCUGGCAGUCGAGGGAAAGGGACUGACACUGGCCAUGAGCAGAGAGGAAGUUGUGGCCCGGCUGGGGAAGGAAGAAUGUGACGUGAAGACUCUGGAUAACACACACCUGUACUGCGAACCACCUGAGGAACAGCCUCUCGCCCUGGACGACGAGGACUUACCCAAGCUUACAGUGUUAAUGGGAAACUUGGCGUUUGACUUGGGUCGGGUGCAGUAUGACAACGAUUUACACUCUCCGGUGCCUCUGGCGGCUCAGAUCGGCCUGGCAGCGGGGGCCGCGGUGGUGGUUCUCAUCGUGCUGGUCAUCAUUCUCAUGUACAGGCGGAAGAGUAAACAGGCUCUGAGAGACUAUAAAAAGGUUCUGGUGCAGCUGGAGACUCUGGAGAUUAACGUUGGAGACCAGUGCAGGAAAGAGUUCACUGAUCUGAUGACGGAGAUGAUGGAUCUGAGCAGUGACGUUGGUGGUCCUGGUAUCCCGUUUCUGGAUUACCGCACAUAUGCAGAGCGUGUUUUCUUCCCUGGCCAGAAGGGUGCGCCACUGAGUCAGAAUCUGGAUUUGCCUGAUUUCCGUAGGCAAACGGUGGAGCAGGGCCUGGGUCAGCUCAACAAUCUGCUCAACAACAGACUCUUCCUGAUACGGUUCAUCCAUACUCUGGAGGCACAGCAGAAUUUCUCACAGAGGGACAGAGGUUACGUUGCGUCUCUUCUCACGAUGGCCCUUCAUGAUAAGCUGGAAUACUUCACUGAUGUUAUGAAGACCCUACUGGGGGAUCUAGUUCAGCAGUAUGUGGCCAAGAACCCCAAACUUAUGCUGCGCAGGACUGAGACGGUUGUGGAAAAGAUGCUGACCAACUGGAUGUCCAUCUGUCUCUACUCUUUCCUCAAGGAGGUUGCUGGUGAGCCUCUGUACAAGUUGUACAGGGCUAUUAAAUACCAGGUAGAUAAAGGACCAGUGGAUGCAGUGACGGGCAAAGCCAAACGCACUCUCAACGACAGCCACCUGCUCAGAGAGGACAUCGACUACUGCUCUGUGACUCUGACAGUGCUGGUGAAGAGUGGUGUCGAGGUCCAGCCCUGCCCUGUUAAAGUUCUCGACUCUGACACCAUCACUCAGGUUAAAGAUAAAAUCCUGGACCAGAUUUAUAAAGGAGCGCCAUUCUCCCAGAGACCAGCCGCAGACUCACUGGACCUUGAGUGGCGAUCUGGCCAGGCGGGUCACCUGACUCUGUCUGAUGAUGAUGUCACAGGCAUCGUCCAGGGUCGUUGGAAACGGAUCAACACUUUACAGCACUACAAGGUACCUGAUGGGGCCACCGUCGCUCUCAUCCCUCGUUCCCAGAGUUCCCUUGGAGUAAAUCAGAUCUACCAGACUGGAGAGAAAACUCCAAUGCUGGAGGGAGAGGAGGAGGAAGGCCUUCGGCUGUGGCAUCUGGUGAAGCCGAGCGAAGAUGCCGAGAUCCCCAAACACAGGAAGAGCAGCAUGAGAGAAAGAGAGCGGGCAAAAGCUAUUCCUGAGAUCUACCUUACACGACUGCUUUCAAUGAAGGGUACUCUGCAGAAGUUUGUAGAUGAUGUCUUUGUAGCCAUUCUGAGUACGAAACGGCCUCCACCCAUCGCUGUCAGAUUCUUCUUUGACUUCCUGGACGACAUGGCAGAGAAACACGGCAUCGAUGACCCAGAGACCGUUCACAUCUGGAAAACAAACAGUUUGCCUUUGCGUUUCUGGGUCAACAUCUUGAAGAAUCCUCAGUUUGUCUUUGACGUGCAGGUGACGGAUAGCGUGGAUGCCGUCCUUUCCGUUAUCGCACAGACCUUCAUUGAUUCCUGCACUACAUCCGAGCACAAAGUGGGCCGGGAUUCUCCUGUAAAUAAGCUGUUAUAUGCCAGAGAAAUCCCACGAUACAAGCAGCUGGUGGAGAGGUACUACAGUGAUAUUCACAACGCCGUGUCCGGCUGUUACCAGGAAAUGAAUUCAACCCUCACAGAGCUGUCUGGGAGCUUUGCAUCCGAGAUGAACAGUUUGGUGGCGUUGCAUGAGCUGUACAAAUAUAUCAACAAAUACUAUGAUCAGAUCAUCAUGUCUCUGGAGGAGGACGCUGCGGGUCAAAAGAUGCAGUUGGCCUAUCGGCUUCAGCAGGUCGCCGCCCUGGUGGAGAAUAAAGUCACUGACCUUUAGACUUGCCUAAACUCAUCAAUAAUCACAUCUGAGAGCAAUCAAAUCAGUGCUUUUCGAUUGAUCGGCUGAUGUAAUGCCACCACUCCGUCAAACCCUUGCGCGCUUCCACAGCCGUUCACAUAAACUUGCUGUAUGCUCUUAACAAAAGGGAACCGGAAACAUCACUAUCAUUCGAUAAAUCCUUAAUGGGAUUUUUAUUGGAGAAGGAUUGCUUUUCAGACUGAGACUCUGAGUGUGUGUGUGUGUGUGUGUGUGUGUGUGUGGGGUCUGCUGUAUAUGUGAAGUUUACUUAUUUCAAAUUCUAUUUUAAUGACACUACUGAAGCAGCUCUCACGUUUUGACAUGCCAAGACACAUUUUAUAUUGUUUUUACUUCCAUUCAAGUGAUCUCAGAUCUACCGUAUGGAGUUUCAACAAAACCCAUCACGUUCAACCAUUACAAUCACGUCAGCGCUGUGAAUAAGUCCCACAUGUACUUCGAGUGUUUUGUUCCCCCACUAUCAAAUCCUAAACUCAAAAGACUGUCCUUGGCCGUGUUGUAUUAACCUUUUAUACUAACAUUUCUACAUUAGUAUUGCAGAUCAAAACAAGUAUUAAGCUUUUACAGGGACCGUAGUGUAAGUCUAUGCACACAAGUGCCAGAACAUGUUAUAAGAGCACAAUAUUUGUGUGUGUGUUUUUGUGUAGCUUUAUGUUUGCAUGCAAAAGCAGGACAUACGGUCGCAGGUUUCAAGUUUUCUGUUGUUGUUAGGAUCUCAAAUCUAGAAUUUCUCACACAGGGAUACAGAAUUAUUAAAUGUGCUCAUCUGAAUUCUGAUUUGUAGCACUAUAGCCUGUAAAAUAUGGGUCCAGGAUACAUUUCAGUCUCAAAUCAACACUUUUUUUAAAAAAUUAAUUAAUUAAUUAUAUUUUGCACAACAUAUUUUUUACUCUUGAACUAAUAUAUCUUUUUUUUUUUAAUGUAUCGUAAUUCUUGUAAAAAUGUUUUUCACAAAAUUCACAAAAACUUAAUGGUCCUGAAUUUUUUUUUUUCUUCGAUCAAAAUACAAUUUUGGUGACACUUUACAAUAAAGUCUGAUUCGUUAAUGAACAUGAACUAACAAUGAGCAAUACAUUUAUUACAGUAUUUAUUCAUCUUUGUAAAUACAGACAUUCAUUGUUUAUGUUAGUUCACAGUGCAUUAACUGAAGUUAACAACAACUUUUGAUUUUAAUUAUGUGGUAAAUUAUUAAAUCAAUAGUAACUAAGAUUAAUAAAUGCUGUAGAAGUAUUGUUCAUUCUUAGUUCGUUCUAAUGUUAAUCUAAUGAAACCUAAUUUGCAAAGUGCAAAUUUGCAUGAAAUAAGACAUUUGUGCGAUUGAGCCACACUUCCACAUGGCAUUGAUUUCCUAAUGCUUUGAAUUUAACAGCACAAGAGAGCACAAUUCUCAAAGAUUCAGUCUCACGCGUGACAAUUGCAGGUUCUUGGGAGGUAUCGAAACAUUUUGGGUCGACAAGUGGAGAAAAGCAUCUUUAUUCGCUUGGUCCCGAUGAUUUGAAAGCAGCGGUCGGCUUGAGAGUUGUGUACAUCAGACACUGAAUAGAAACUAACUUAUUAUAUUGUAAAUAAUGCUUUAUUUAUACACGAGCGCCAAAUGUGCCUUCUUUGUUACUUUUUAUAACGUCUACCAAGUAAACAUGCUUGACAUUACUUGCCAAAUGGAGAAGAUGAUGAACUGUGGCACAGCUGUUGCCUGUUGUAAAGAUCACAUGAAGCAGAGUCUCAGGAUUCUCAAUGGAUUCAGUAACCUAAUUCAUUUCUAGUUUGCCCUACCAGCUCAUUUCCUGGAGUGAUGAUGAUGAUGAUGGAGUAAAUUGGAUUUUUUUUUUUUGUGCAUCUGUUUUUUAGCUGCGUAUAAUUUGUUUUUGUUUUUUUCCUGAAGCACUUUGUGUUUACAUAUUGGCUUAUCCAUAAUGUCUAAUUUUUUUGUAGUUUUGAUCAUGAAGCUGAUCCCUUUUGUGUAUAAAACUGAAAAUAAUGGAUUUAAUGCUAUCUAGACAUCUCAGAUGUAUUUUUGAAGGCUUCCCUGUUCCUGCAUUUAUUUAUGUGAUUUUGAGCUAUUAGGCUUCAUCAUAAUAAUGAAUGCACAGGGUUGGGUUUUAAAAAUGGGAAACGUAUUAGUUUUCUCAUUCUGUGUGUUUAUUAUCCUGUUGUUGAAUGUGUUUGGCCUCUUGGUGUAUUUUUCUGAUUAUUAUAGGCUGAUGCAUGCUUGAGAUUUGAUUGGAUUUUCUGAUUGGGGUGCUUUUUGAGAGGUUCACUCGAUGGACUGCGUUAUGAGUGCAUGUCUCUCAUAAAAACACUGUCUGAGAAUGUGUGUGUGUGUGUGUGGGUGUAUGCAUGACAGUUUGUAAGUAAUUGUAGCGCUUCGUACAUGAUGUUGAGGUUUUUUUCGUGAAUCUCCUGUUAUGUACACUUUUCUCUGAGAGAAUCCAGCAAAAUCUUUUUGUACAGUCUAGCGAUUUACUGUUUUGCCAAUUGCGUGGAUUACAGCUUUGUAUCUUUGCCGAUAAACAAUUCAGACCGUUGUUUAGAGAGUUGUUGGUGUAUAUGGAGCCCUUGCUCCCUGAGUUUUACACAACUUUUAUACAAGGGUUAAAAAAAAAUAAUAAUAUAUGGUAAUUUUCUAAUGAAGUUGGGGUUAAAAGAGAACUUAAACCCAGUCGAAAGACUUACUCUUUUGUAUUUGUAUUGUGUAUAGUUUGCUAACAACUGUGUAUAUGUGCCUGUACAUAUUGUGAAGAGGACAUGUUCUUCUUUGUUUGUUUCUUUUCUUUUUUCUUUUUUUUUUUACUUGGACAGAUUUACUCUCUCCAAUCAGGAGAAAUUGGGAGCUGAAAUGUUAAAAUGAGUGAAAUGGAAAUUUGUAUCUGGGAAGAAAAAAAUAAAGCUAUAAUUUUAACAGUGAA